GAAAAAAAUCUCUCUCAGUUGUCUCUUUGGUUUUCUUUAUUUCAGUUAUCACUCCUGUACAUCGACAACUCACACCGACUGUACUAGCCGCGUCUCUGGAGCUCAUCCUCCUCCCUCAAUGUCGUCGUCUACCGCCUUCACGGAGUCUUUGGACCACUUCGAGACCCCAACGCUGGACUUGGAGGGCCCCACGCUCCUCCAGGCCAUCACGGAGCACGGCGGUUACGCAUACGUCAGCAUGGCAACGCUGGCCGCCGCUGGAGACUCACCAGCGGCGGAGGCGGCGCGUGAGAUGGCUUGGGAGCAGCUUCACUCGGGUCCAUGGCACUCGGUGUUGCCCGUCUGGCGCGACGCCUACUCCAUGGCCUGCCUCCACGUUGCCAGACUCCAUUUUUCCAAGGGUGAGCUUAGCGAGUCCCUUAGGGUUUUGGACAUGGGAUUGAUCAUGGGCGGGAUGCUCCUCAGGAAGGACCUCGACUCGGCGGUCAACAAGGUCUCGGCCAAGGCCAGGGACGCAGCUGCGGUUUCAGAGCAACUCGCAAAGCGAAAACUUGUCCGCCAGGACGAGCUCCGUGACGCAGAGGUGCUUCAGUCUUUGCCAUUUAAGUCUCUGUCUUUGAAACUUGUGGGAAGGAGACCUGCUCUAUCUUUGGAGGGAUUUCUGCGUGAAUAUUUCCUAUCAGGUUCUCCGGUCAUUAUUAGUGACAGCAUGGCACAUUGGCCAGCAAGGACAAAGUGGAAUGACAUGGAUUACCUAAGAAGGGUUGCUGGAGACCGCACAGUUCCAGUUGAGGUUGGCAAAAACUAUUUGUGCCCAGAGUGGAAGCAAGAGCUUAUUACAUUUUCCCAAUUUCUUGCAAGGAUUGAAGCAAAUGACUGUUCUUCUGCGGCCCCUACAUAUCUUGCUCAGCAUCCGUUGUUUGAUCAGAUAAGCGAGCUACGGAAUGACAUAUGUAUUCCUGACUACUGUUUUGCUGGGGGUGGGGAGCUGAGGUCUCUCAAUGCCUGGUUUGGUCCAGCAGGGACAGUAACACCAUUGCACCAUGAUCCACAUCAUAAUAUACUUGCUCAGGUUGUUGGCAGAAAGUAUAUAAGGCUUUAUCAUGCUUCAUUGUCAGAGGAACUUUACCCAUACACUGAAACCAUGCUUAAAAACUCAAGCCAGGUUGAUCUAGACAAUAUAGACGAGAUACGGUUUCCAAAGGUGCAUGACUUAGAAUUUGAAGACUGCAUUUUAGAGGAAGGAGGAGGGCUAUCAACUUCUUGGAUGCUAGAUAUGAAAGGAUCUGGAUCCACUGAUUACGUUCGACUGUCUGUUAUGAUUUACAUUGCAGAUGUAAUUUUUUUUUUUUUUUUUUUUGUACUCCGCUAAAGAGUUCAUUUUAUAUUUACUUAAGAGUCUUGGGCAACCUCAUUGCCAGUCUUCCUACUUUGAAGUUUGUACUUUUAUCGUUAACCAUCCUCCCGAGAAACGAUAAGCAUAAUGUAAUCAUUUU